UUUGAAACGGAAUAUAACUCAAGUUUUAAAGCAUUUGAUCCAGAGAUUUACACGUCACCACUGAGUGCAGCUCUUAUUGAUGAGCCAAGGAGUAGUGAACUUGACAAGACCAAACCACCUGCAGCAGGCUUAAAGUCAAAUAAUUUUUUAAAAUCCGUAGAACCACCUCUUCAAAACAAGUCCAAGGCAGACCGUCGUCAAGACAAUGAAUCUAAAGACACACUGAGCAAUGAAAAACAAAAGAUUGAUACAAAAAAUAAGUCAAACUCUGAAGAAAGCGCUAGAAAUAAAGCAAAG